AUGGAUCUUCCUGCACCUCCUCUUCCGCAAAACCCUCAUUGGAUGAUAUAUGCAACAAGGGAGGCCAAGAUAUAUACGACAAAGUUGCUUAUCAUGUUUAACGUAGGAGCAUUCGGUUUGAUCGCGCUUUGCACAUUCCUAUUCUCCAAAGGGCAUCAGCGAGUCACGAUUGUCGGAUGGAUCUGCGCUGUCUUUUCUGUCUCUGUUUUUGCUGCUCCUCUUAGCAUCAUGAGGCUGGUUAUAAAAACGAAGAGCGUGGAGUACAUGCCAUUUGCAUUCUCAUUUUUCCUCACACUAUGUGCGAUCAUAUGGUUUCUUUAUGGCUUUUUCAUAAAGGAUUACUACAAUGAAAUACCGAACAUCUUAGGAUUUGCAUUUGGGAUUGCACAAAUGGCGCUGUACAUCGUCUACAAGUACGCAAAAAAACAAAUUUCACCACAAGUGAAGCCGCAAGAUUUAGGGACGGUGAUCAAUCUUGUUAUGUUAAUUUGA